AUGACAGCUAAAGGCAUAACAAAAAGAAAUCAACAAUAUUUUGUUGUUCCAAGCGAUCGAUUUUCUAAAGCAAUAGAACAACUAGCAAAGAGUGCCGAAGAAAACAAAUUUUAUCAUGGUUCCGAUACUGAGCGAAGUGAUCAGACAGACAUAAAUCGGUUAGAGAAUGCAAGUUUACCAAAUAAUAUUGACGAUGAUCAAGAUUCUGUUGCUUAUGGCGACGAUACACUUAGUGCUAGUAGUGAUAAUACGUCAGAUAUUACAAACGUGAUGAAAGAAAAUGAAAAAAAAAUUAGAGCUCUAAGUGAAUCAUACAUGAAUCGCUUUGUAAUGCUCGAACAACAAUUACAGGAGCAUCAACAAAUGCCAAGACGACUAACACAUAUGGAUAGUAUUCAAAUUACAACAAAAAAUUCACAGUUACAAUUGUCAAAUCAAUUAAUUCAAUGUACAAAAAUCAAUGAUACAGCAAUAAAUAAAAAGAACGAAUUUUCAUCUGAGUCACUGGACACAUUUCUGAAUAGUUUACAAGAGAUCAUAUUACGAGAGGAAAAGAAACGAGAAAAAUCCUACUUCACUAAUGAUCAUACAAGAGAAAUUAAUUUGUCGUCGAUGAUAGUGGCUGUUGCUCAAUGUCUAAAAGAUUACGAAGGAGAAUUAUAUCAUGCAAAACAAAGGAUUAAUUAUUUGAAAGAUCAACAAGAACAUAUUUUGAAUGAAAAUAAACAACUUUUGAAUAAUUUAACGCAAGAUUUUGAACAAAAUAUAAUUAACGUUCGACAUUCUUAUGAUCAGCGUCUCAACGUACAACGAGAAGAAACAACAAAAAUUAUGCAAACAUUAGAAAAAUCGAAAACCGAUUUAACAACACUACAAGAAAACUAUGAAAAAAAGUUACGCGUUAAAGAUGAGUUACUGCGUGAGAUGAACGACCGUUUUGGAAAUAGAGAAAAAGAAUACAAUGUUCACCAACAAAAUUUACAAAUAAAGUUUGAACAGUUUGAAAAAAGUUUUGAAACAUUACAAAAUCAAAAUAGACAAAUUGAUAAUAGUAAUAAACAAUUAAUCAAAGAAAAACACGAUUUACAACUUCAAAUUUCUGCGCUUCAUAAUGAUCUUCAGCGAUCUCAAAAUGCUUUUAUUCUACAGUCAAAAGAUUAUUCAGAAUUAUCACAGAAGUUGACAGCUGCAUGUGAUAGACUCAGUGAAUGUGAACAGUAUCAAAAUCAAUUAAAACAUUGGUUUUCACUUGUAUCUCCCGAACAUAUUCUAUCAAAAUUCUCACUCGAAGAAAUGACGUCGAUCGUCUCACUCAAAGUGAGUCGUCUCAUGGAUGUAUCUAAACAAUAUGAAAUGAUCAUUAGUAUUAUGGGCGAUGAUGAUAAGACUAGUAAUUUGUUAAAUCCAAUGCCUCUUCAUAUGAGAAUCAAAGAACUAAUAAAAACAAACGAUCAACUAUUUCAGUCUUACUCAGAAAUUAGUAAUAAAUAUAAUGCAUUACUUUUACAAACAACAAUGUUAACUGAUAUCAUAAAACAACAUAGUUCAGAAACUGCCAAUCUUCGAGCAGAAAACGAACAAUAUUGUGAAACAAAUGCAAAUCUUAUUGGACAGACUGAAAAGAUGAAAAAUGAAUUACAGAACAUACAACUAAAAUUUUCAGAGAAAACUACCGUAUCUGCUCAUGUUGAACAUGAACUAAAUAUGGAAAAACAACAUUAUAAUGAAUUAAAAAAACAUUAUGAAACAGCAUUAACAGAUAAAGAAAUUUUGAUUAAGGAAUUGCAAACACGACGAGAAACAAUUGUUCAAUAUGAAAAAGAGGAAAAAGAUGAUAUGAAUCAACAGUUAAUAAAGCUAAAUGCUGUUCUUAAGUCACAAGUAAAACAAAACGGAUUAAGUGACGGUGAUAAAUAUAGGGAACUGAAUGAUCGUACAUCUAAAGUACGUCCUUCGAAUGACGAAAUAUUGCCAAUACGUGCGACUUCAACUCCAACCCCAAGUUAUCUAGAUCAUGAAAUACAACCAUCCGAUAAUAAUAAUGUUGUUCAGCAAUUAGUUUUAGAAAAACAACUUAAUACUGAGUCAGAUAUUUAUAAUCCAUACGUUACAAAACAAAUAAAUCAAGUUUUAUAUGAAAUGAAAAAUUUAUUGUCAUCAAGUCGUGCUGUUAUUCAACAAGACAUACUACCCGUGAAAGAUAAUCAACCGACAGAUCGAAAUCAUCAGUUGCAUAAAUCUUUAAAACAUAAACCUCAUCAGCAAAAGUAA